UAACAAAGUAACUAUUUUAUCUAAAUUAAUAAACUACUAUCAUUAUAGCUCAUUCUUAAUUAAGUAACUCGUUAUUCUACUAAUUGAGGGUCUAUUCUGAUAUAUCUAAAUGAGGUUGUUUAAGUUGAAGAUCGUGUUAGUGUUAGUUUAUUAUAGAUAAUAAACUCUAAUUUCUUUUUCACUUAUUGACAGAUUGGGGGCUAAUUUGAGGUUUAAUAUUAUUGUCGGAGAAAACUAAGUGGGGGAACAAAAUGAUCGAACUCUUCUGCCUCUUCCUUUUUCCAAGCUGAAAGAAGAAUCAAAUAACACUUGUCUCUCUUUCCUGGAUCGGUCCAGCUUGCUUAUUUUGUAUUAUAGUACAUGCAUAGCCCAUUGUUUGAAAACUAAGCGGUUUAAGAAAACACAAAAAUCAAAAAUCAGAACCCCACUAGAGUGGCUCGGUGGGAAAUGAAAGAGUCGAUCUAAGAGACGAAAAGAUCAUGGGUUCAAUUCCCACGGGUUCAAUUCUCACGGGAAGUGAAAGCGGUGGGCCAUGAAUGUGGGGUGUUAGGCUAGUUCUCUAUAAUUUUGAAAAAAAAAAUCAAAAAACAAAACAAAAUCAAGUGUAUUAUUUAUAUUGAGAUAAUGUUGUGGGUAGAUUACUUGUCAAAAUAGUAGAGACAUGUGUCCAUGUAACAGGGCUUUAAGCUUUGCAUGGAGAAGAGUGGGGUCCAAAUGAGGUGUUAUAUAGAAAGGAGGUCUUCCUUGUGUAAACCUCACCUGAGUCUCUUUGAACCGAGAUACAUUCGUGUAAAAUAGAUGGGAGAAGUUGGACCUGGUAUGACGAAUCGAACAAGAACCAAGUCUGAGGAGAAGUUGCAAUCAUCUAAUGCAAGAGUUCCUCAUGAAAAACCUCCAUUUACACUAAGCGAUCUCAAGAAAGCCGUCCCGCCCCAUUGCUUUGAACGUUCUCUUAUUCGAUCUUUCUACCACGUUUUUCAUGAUCUCGCCAUCUUAUCCUUUUUAUAUUACGUCGCUGCCACUUACAUACCCCUCCUACCCCAAUACUAUCGUGUUGUGGCAUGGCCUUUAUAUUGGAUUUGUCAAGGUUGCGUUCAACUCGGUAUAUUGGUCAUUGGUCAUGAAUGCGGUCACCAUGCCUUUAGCGAUUACCAAUGGGUGGACGAUACCGUCGGUUUCUUCCUUCACUCGUCACAAUUGAUCCCGUUCUUCUCGUGGAAAUUUAGUCACCGUCGUCAUCACUCAAACACCGGCUCGAUCGAGAGUGACGAGGUCUUUCCGCCCAAAUACAAAUAUGAAAUGGUGUGGUAUGCGAAAUACCUAAGCAACCCCAUCGGUCGUUUUUUCACACUUGUCGGAGCCCUAUUAGUCGGAUGGCCUAUGUACCUCUUGUUCAACGCAAACGGCCGUAGUUACGAUCGCUUCGCGUCCCACUACUACCCUCAAUCCCCGAUCUUCAACAACCGCGAGAGGCUGCAGAUACUCGUUUCCGACGUGGGGAUUGGCUUGGCUUAUUACAUCUUGUAUAGGAUCACUGUGGAAAAGGGAUUUGUUUGGUUGGUUUGUGUUUAUGGCAUGCCUUAUUUGAUCCUUAACGCGCUUCUUAUCACCAUCACGUUCCUACAACACACGCACCCGACGCUGCCCCGUUACGAUGUCUCUGAGUGGGACUGGCUCAAGGGAGCCCUGUCUACUGUUGACCGUGAUUUUGGAAUAUUGAAUAAGGUGUUUCAUAAUAUAACGGACACCCACUUAGUCCAUCAUUUGUUCUCCACGAUGUCGCAUUAUCAUGCGAAGGAGGCGACAAAUGUGCUUAGGCCGAUAUUGGGGGAGUACUAUAGGUUUGAUAGCACUCCGUUUAUUGUCGCGUUGUGGAGGGAAGUGGGAAAGUGCAUUUAUGUCGAGUCCGACGAGAGUAGCAAGACCAAGGGAGUUUUUUGGUACAAUAACGAGCUUUGAAA